AACUAUAGGGCUGCAAUGAAAACCCAGUCUAAGCGGGUUCAGGCCCAAUUAGGCCCAACAGGGAGACUGACUUGCAGAGAAGGGAGGAAUAAGGGGUUUGGGAGAGGUUUUCUGGGUUUUGUACGAAGUUGUUCGUACAGAUCAGAGAAACAGAGCAACGCCAUUGCCAUGAGCCUCCUCAAGCUCCUUACUGGGCACCACAGGUCACUGGCCCAACACUUUGGCCGCCGAUACUUCUCCUCCGCCGCCGCCGCCGCUUCCACGGAGGAAUACGCAAAGAGGAAUUACGCCAACAAUGUUUCCGAGUACAAUACCGUUAUCGAUUCCAUCACUGCUCAGAGAAGGCACUUCUUGUUGAGGGAUGUGUAUGAGGAUAUGGUGCUGGACGGUGUACAGCCUACAAGGGACACGUUUCAUUCGCUCAUUGCUGGAACAAUGAAAGGAGCUCGGUUGCAGGAUGCUUUCUUCUUCACUGAUGAAAUGAAGUCUAUGGGUUUGGUUCCUGAUGUUACAUUGUACAACAUUUUGAUCUCACUUUGUGGAAAGUGCCAUAACUCUGAUCAGGCAAUUCGGGUUUUGGAGGAUAUGAAGAUAUUCGAAGUUAAGCCAAUGGUGCAGUCCUACGUCUGUCUGCUUAAUGCAUGUGCUGCUGCUGGCCGCUUAGAUAGAGUGUAUGCCAUUAUUCGAGAUAUGACUGCUGCUGGCCUUGGGCUAAAUAAGUAUUGCUAUGCAGGACUUAUAACAGCAUAUAAAAACAAAACACCUGUACCAGAAGAUUUUGCAUCCAAAAUCAUUGAGUUUGUCGAGCGAUCAAAAGAGUGGACAUCGGUUGAAUCAUCCAGUGUCUCUGCUGAUAAUAUGAUGAUGGGUGUCUCUUUAGAGGAGUUAUAUAAUAUGCCUACGGCUGAUUAUGCUCAUCGGAGAGGGGGAUUUAUUAGUAAUCAACUGACUAUAUAUCACGUUGCAUUUCAUGCUUGUGCAGACCUCAAAAAUGUCAAGUUGAUGGAGACUCUUUCAGAGAUGUUACAGAAGGAUGGAAAAGUUCCUGAUACAUUUAUUACGAUGCAAAUUAUGAGGUGCUAUUUACACUCUGGGGACCUUGACAAUGGUCUAAAAACUUUUGAAGAUUACAUGAAUUCAGGGAGAUCUGCUCCAGCUGCGGAGCUAUUCGUAACUCUUGUGGAGGGAGCCAUGCUCGGGUAUACUCCCAAGGGAAUGCAGAUUGCACAAGACACAUUGGUAAAUAUGAAUUCCAGGGGAUUUUUCUUGAGCCCAAAGAUGGGAAGUGAUCUUCUUCUUCAAGCUGCUGGCGAAAAGACCGGUGGCUAUACUAUUGCCAACCUUAUAUGGGACAUGAUGCAGACCCGCAGAAUGACUCCUACAUUUCCAGCAGUGCAAGCAUAUUACAAUGGCUUAAAAACACGUGAGAUUCCUGCAGAUGAUCCUCGCCUUCUUCAGGUUACUCGAAUUUAUCAGAAUCUUCGCGAAAGAUUUGGACCCGGACGAUCUUAGCUAAGUGAUUUAUGAAAAGGUGUUUUUUUUUUCUCUUCUUUUUUACUAUGCAUCUAGUUUGUUGCAGAGAAACAUUAUCUUUUCAUCCUUUAGCAGCAAAGAGAGAAAUUUCUUCCCAAUUGUAACCUUUAAAAAGGGAAGGCAAAAAGUUGGAAGUUAUGGGAUAAAUAUAUUUAUUGAAUUUCAGUUUUGUUGCAUUCCAUGUUCCAAUUUUUGGUCUUUUAAUUGGAAAAAGUUGAAUAAAAUAAUUCUCAAGUAUAUCACUCAACUACUUGUUUGAAUUUGUUUGACAUUGUUUUUACUUUUAUUUUAAUCUUUUAACACUUUUCUUUUUAAGACUUAUUUUAUUUUUAUAAAGUGGUAAAAUCACCAUUGGAAGUUAUUUGUGAAAAUAUAAGAGAUCGAAAUAGGGAUUUCUUUCUUUCACCACAGAAGCUCCUAUCUUAAGGGUAUGUUAAGUCACACCAUAAACCAUAGGCACCCAAUUUAAAUAUAUAAUCUUAUUUUUUUUAUUGUUAUUGUAAAAUUAAUUUAGUAAAAAUUAUAUUAGUAAUUAUUAGCUAUAUAAAGUUCUCGACUAGAUUUUUUUUUUUCUUUUUUGGGAUCCAUAUUUUCUUUCUCCCCACCCACUUUACUUUUUCUCUUACCAAACAUACAUUUUCUUUUUUUUUUUAUCUCCAUACUUUUCUCUCAAAAAAUUUCACUAAAUGCAAGUAUUUACAUAAUUUUAUAAUUAUUAUUUAAAAAAAAACAAAAAAUAAGUUUAGUAAUCUAUAUUGUCGACAUCAGACAAACAAAUUCCCUCUAAGUUAAUUUAUUAAUUUGAAAUUUUGCUUCCUAAACAUUAACAUGUACUAAAUCAUGACUUAAUUAUUGAAUUUAAGAAUUUUUGUUCAAUUUCAUUUCAAUGAUUGUUUAUGUACUUAGUUAUGCUUUCUAGAUUUUAGAAGGAAAAAUUUUAAUGAUUAAAAUUAACCAAAAAUUAAUACAAAACAAUAUCUAUAAUAGUGAAAUGAAGUUUAGUAUGAAUUUUGAAAUUACAAUAUAGGAAUUACUAAUAAGUAACACGUACACCUUGGUAUCUAAGAAUCUCACCAAUAAGCUCUCCUUUACCAGACCCAACAUAUCUCCCACAAAUCUCACCAUCUCUUAUAAACAAAAAAGUAGGAACUUCAACCACAUCCAUAUCCUUCAAAAAAUCCAUACAGCUUUCGUUUUCAUCCCCAUUCAUUCUUGCAAAAACCACACUAUCAGCCAUUUGCUUAGACAGCUUAACAACCGUCGGAUACACCUUAACGCACGGUCCACAAUGCUUCAAACCCACAUCAAGCACGAUUAACUUGUGAUCGAUUUUAUGACCGUCGAUUAACUUCUCCACGUCAUCACGGCAGUGCAGUUGCACCACAGCUGAGUGGUUAUCACCGUAGUAUAACACGUCUCCCAUCAACAUGUCUGGACCGAUUGCUUCUUCUUCGUGAAUCUUCUCCAUGCUUUUGUAGAAUGUAAAGUGAGGAACUUUAUCGAUCUUUUCUCUCUCGCAAAGCUCUUUCGUUUUAUCUGAUUCGUCUCCCAUUACCAGUAUGAAAACGACGUCGCUACAGCUCCUGCUUAGAUCCACCAUGAAUGGGUAGAUUUGGCUGCUUUGUGAGCUGUCUUUUUUCGCGAAUUCCACCACCACUAAUUUGUUCUUGGCUGCCUUUAGGGCAUCGUCGAAUUCCUCUGCGCUGUGGACUUUCUGUACCUUUUCGUCGUUUAAGGGCUUUUUCUUAGCUCCGGAAGCGGUUGUGGCUUUUGAAACGACGAAAUUGGAACGGUGGGUUUGUUUUAGGGUUUGGGGUUUGGGUUUUGGGGAGGAAGAGGGUAGAAUGGGAAAUAACAAGGAGUUUGAUGAAGUUGUUGUUUUGGGUUUGUGGAGUGUGGAAAGUGAUGAAGGUGUUACUCUAGGUAACAAGUUUGUUAUGGUUGCCAUUGAUGAUGGAGUGAAGAAGGUUACUUAGUAAUGGAUAUUU